CACACAGGUAGAGAAAGUGACUAAACAACAACUCCAUCCCCGACACCUUUUAAAUCUUUCAUUCAUUCAUUCGUGUUUUGUGAUUUUUCAUCCCCCCAAUCAAAACAAAAUUAACUGCUACUAUACUCUGCUUCUCAUUAUCCCCCCAAAAAAUAAAAAAAUUCCAUUUUUUUCAUUGGCAAAUUAAAAUGAACUCAAACCACUUACUGCUUGAAGAACCUAUACGUAUGGCUUCCAUUCUUGAGCCAUCUAGACCUAGUUAUUUUCCAUCAAUGACAAAGAUAGUUGGAACACUAGGACCCAAAUCAAGAUCUGUUGAAGUUAUUUCCAAGUGUCUCAUGGCUGGAAUGUCUGUUGCGCGAUUUGAUUUCACAUGGGGUGAUGCUGAGUAUCACCAGGAGACAUUGGAGAAUUUGAAAAUCGCUAUUAAGCAAACGAAGAAGUUGUGUGCUGUUAUGUUAGAUACUAUUGGCCCCGAGCUACUUGUAGUCAACAAAGGUGAUCAGCCUAUACCUCUUGAGGAAGGUUCGCUCGUUGUUUUAACACCGGAUCAAGAUAAAGAGGCAACUUCAAAUCUAUUGCCAAUAAAUUUCGGUGGACUAGCUAAGGCAGUAAAGGGGGGUGGCACCAUUUUCCUUGGCCAAUACUUGUUUACAGGAAGCGAGACGACAUCUGUUUGGCUUGAGGUCAAGGAGGUAAGAGGUGACGAUGUUGUUUGCCUGAUAAAGAACUCUGCUGUUCUUGCUGGGACGUUGUACACUUUACAUGUCUCUCAAGUUCAUAUCGAUUUACCCACACUCCCUGAUAAAGAUAAGGAGGUUAUCAACACAUGGGGAGUCAAAAACAAUGUUGACUUUCUAUCUUUGUCACAUACCCGCAGUGGUCAAGAUAUUCGAGAAGCUCGUGAAUAUCUUUCUAAAUUAGGUGACCUCAGUCAAACUCAGAUAUUUGCAAAGAUUGAAAAUGUAGAGGGACUAGUAAACUUUGAUGAAAUCCUUCAGGAAGCAGAUGGGAUUAUCCUUGCUAGAGGGAAUUUGGGAAUAGACCUUCCACCAGAGAAGGUGUUUUUGUUUCAAAAGGCGGCUGUAUAUAAAUGCAACAUGGCUGGGAAACCAGCAGUUGUUACUCGUGUUGUUGAUAGUAUGACUGACAACCUAAGGCCCACGCGUGCCGAGGCUACUGAUGUUGCCAAUGCCGUCUUAGACGGUGCUGAUGCAAUCCUUCUAGGUGCAGAGACAAUGAGGGGGCUGUACCCUGUUGAGAGCAUUUCUAUUGUUGGUAAAAUUUGUGGCGAGUCUGAGAAAGUGUACAAUCAAGAUUCAUAUUUCAAGAAGACUGUAAAAUACGUCGGUGAACCAAUGAGCCACUUGGAAUCUAUUGCUUCUUCUGCGGUUCGUGCUGCCAUCAAAGUGAAAGCAUCUGUUAUCAUUUGCUUCACAUCAUCUGGAAGAGCUGCAAGGUUAAUUGCCAAGUACAGGCCUACCAUGCCGGUGCUAUCUGUGGUUAUACCACGUCUCAAAACGAAUCAACUUCGAUGGACAUUUACUGGUGCUUAUGAGGCAAGGCAAUCACUCAUCAUUAGAGGUCUUUUUCCGAUGCUGGCGGAUCCUCGACACCCUGCUGAAUCAACAAGUGCCACCAAUGAGACGGUUCUAAAAGUUGCAUUGGAUCAUGGCAGGAAGAUUGGUGUCAUAAAGUCGCAUGAUCGUGUUGUUGUUUGCCAGAAAGUUGGUGAUGACUCUGUUGUCAAGAUUAUCGAGCUUGAAGAUUAGUAACCAUAACUUAUACUAGAUGUUUAUGGAUAUUCCCGUGCGUAACUUCUAUUAUCUAGAUGUGUAAGUUCUUAUUAUCUAAGCGUAAAUGGUGGAGCUUGAGCUCAAGUUCUUGUUAUGACACCACAUAAUUAACCACCUUUUUGUUAAACUUGAUUUUUUAUAUAAAAGGUGUUGGAUACUUGCGAAUUA